AAGUUCGCGGCGAAGCGGCCACAGCGAAAACCGCGAACAUUAAACCACCGCGAAAGUUUCUGCAUUUAUAGUACUAGUAAAGACCACCUGCUAUCGAGGCCACACCUUCUUUGCAACCAGACACUACAUCUGAUGACCUUUGACCAGUGAAGACGUCCUUUCUCACACAGGACAACAUGAGUUUCGAGGCGUUUCUUGUCGUCACCGCAGCGUCUUCGUGCGCCACUUGGAUGUCCAUCUUCGCCUUCAGUCCCGUUCUCUUCACAUGGCUGUCUUCGGCGUAUAGGAGUCUCCCCAAGGACAGGCAACGGCUGGUGGACAACCAUUUCAAGACCGUGGUGCAUGGAACGGCCGUCGCAGCACUCGCCUGGUAUGCCUACACCUGCACAGAGGUUCCGCCAGAGGGCGUUUGGCUCGAUGCGCCACUUGUGAGGUUUGAGUCUGCGGUUUAUUUCGGCUACUUGAUAUCAGACUUGAUUCAAACAGCGAUUUACCCGCACGUCAGCAACAUAGAGUUCGUCUCACAUCACGUGUUGUCGUUGUAUUCCUCCCUUAUAGCAGCAAGCUAUCCCGCUAUGCCUUACUACGCCAACAUCUGCCACAUGAUGCAGCUUAGCAACCCCAGUGCGUUUUUCCGGGUCAUCCUUGAGGAGCUGGGGUUGAAAGGUUCCAAGUAUUACACGUGGAACGGUAUCACCUUGCUGGUGACGUGUUUCAUCUCCCGAAUACUGUUCACCGGCAUCGCGACCGUCAACUUAGCCAAGAUCAUGAUUUUCCAAGACUCUUUCAGUCAGCUGCCGCUGCAUGUUUCCUCGUGUUAUAUCUUUGGUUCACUGUUGUUUAAUGCCAUGAACUACUACUGGUUUGGCUUGAUAUGUAAAGGGGUCGUAGACUACUUUGGGGAAAAGGAAACAAAGAAGAAGCUGUAGAGUCAGAGCCAAAACCUGCGCAGACCGCAAAGACGCGUCACAAAAGUUUUUAAACAUUACAUUAAUUGUAGUCGUUCAUUCUUUUUUGAUGAACGAAUGAAUGAAGACCUUUAUUAACAGUAAAAGAUAGAAGUUGCCUUGGUGGGGCCGACCUCCACAGCCGUCUCUGUACGCGACGGCGUUUUUAAAAUCAUCAUUUCAUCCCAGGAAUGCUUUUGGCUCGUCUGUCUGUGUUUAUUUAUGUAUAUACAUAUGUGUGUGUGUGUGGCAGUUCCUGUAUUCACUGUCAGUGAUGCGCAUGAAGUAUUGUAUCUCUGGUUGUUUGUAUUAGUUGGUUUUGAUUGUAA